AACAGCUUCACUCUCUCAUUCUUGGAAUACAUUUGAAAAUGACUGUUGAUGACCACAACAGCAUGAAAGAUCAACUUGAUCAGAAGCCAAAUGGUGAGACAGCAAAAGGUCUUCGUUUUGCUUCCUCUUGGAAGUGGUACCCCGCUGUUGUGACUCUAGGGGUCCUUUGUCUGGGACUACUGGUGACCGUGAUAUUGUUGAUACAGCAACUAUCCCAGGUGUCUGAGCUCCUAAAGCAACAGCAAGCAAACCUUACUCACCAGGAAGAUAUCCUGGAGGGACAGAUUUUAGCCCAGCGCCAGUCAGAAAAAUCUUCCCAGGAGUCACAGAAGGAACUCAAAGAAAUGAUAGAAACCCUUGCCCACAAGCUGGAUGAGAAAUCCAAGAAACUAAUGGAACUUCAUCGCCAGAAUCUGAAUCUUCAAGAAGUUCUGAAAGAAGCAGCAAACUAUUCAGGUCCUUGUCCCCAAGACUGGCUCUGGCAUGAAGAAAACUGUUACCAAUUUUCCUCUGGCCCUUUUAAUUGGGAGAAAAGCCAGGAGAACUGCUUGUCUUUGGAUGCCCACUUGCUGAAGAUUAAUAGCACAGAUGAACUGGAAUUCAUCCAGCAAGUGAUGGCCCAUUCCAGUUUCCCCUUCUGGAUGGGGCUGUCAAUGAGGAAACCCAACUACUCGUGGCUUUGGGAAGAUGGUACUCCUUUGAGACCCCACUUGUUUAGAAUUCAGGGAGCUGUUUCCCAUAUGUAUCCUUCAGGUACCUGUGCAUAUAUUCAAAGAGGAACUGUUUUUGCUGAAAACUGCAUUUUAACUGCAUUCAGUAUAUGUCAAAAGAAGGCGAAUCUAUUGAGAGCACAGUGAAUUUGAAGGAUCUGGAGGAAAAGGAGGAGAAGACCUUUGAAUUCUCUUCUGGAAUUUAAGCUAUACUUCGUCACUUAGGUGUAAACCAUAAGAGCCCCAGGAACUGCCUUCUACUAGUUGAGUGCAAAACCCCUUAGCAGAGACUGGGCCCAGUUGCCUGACACCUUGAUAGCAAAAGUUUUCAUUCCCUCUGUAUAUUUUUCACUUAACUUGUUCCAAGUCCUCCCCUGCCAGACUUCAGAGAAGUCAGUUUUCCUGUUUCCACUGUUUCUAAGAACUUGUUGUCUAACUCAAGGUCACAGCAUUUUUCUCAUUUUGGUCCUAUGCUUUCUUCUAGACAUUGUAGAGUUUCAGAUUUUACAUGGAAAUCUAGAACUUAUUUUAGGUUAAUUUUUAAGUGACAUAUGAAUGUAUGGAAGUUUUUUUUUUUUUUUGCUUGUGGGUAUUCAAGUGUUUUUGCAACAUUUGCUGAAAAGACUAUUCUUCCUUCACUACAUUGCCUUUGCACUUUU